AUUUUGGAUGGCACACAACUCAUCUUUGCGGUUCUUCGCCGGCUUCUCUCUCUCUCUCUCUCUCUCUCUCUCUCUCUCUCUUUCUUUGUCUAAUUAUAGAUCACAUCAGUCAGACCAUGAUUAUAGCACUAUUAUGAUUUCACUGUAAAAACAGAUUUCAUGAGUAUAGAAGAACAUCUUGAAGACGAUGAAGAACCACCUUUACUGCUCAGCUCCUGUCUGUCUCAUCCUGCUGGAGUUAUGGGGUACAGUAGUGGCGCAGUGUCAGUGGGACGAGGGCUGUGUGUGUCCGCUCUGUCCAGCGGGAAAGGAGCCUACCAUGGCUUGUGGGAAAGCUGAGGGUCCCGGUGUGACUGAAUCAUGCCGGAUUUGCCCAGCAGGCAGCUUCUCAGAUGCCCCUGACACUAAGCCGUGCCGCCCACAUACCUCCUGCAGAGAACUCAACCGCUGGAUCCUCACCGCACCGACCUCACAUUCUGACACCAUGUGUGGAGGAUGUCUUCCUGGGUUUCACCCUGCUGCUACAUGGAAGACCUCCACCCUCCAUGCCUGCAUCAGGAAGCCAUACAGCCGCCGCAAACGUAACGUUGGUAAGAGCACCCCCAGCAUGUCCGGAGUGGGAAGUGCAAACUCCACCAGCAUUCACGGUCCAGAGGAGAAGAGCACUGAGUAUGCUGUGUUUGCACUGGUGCCUAUCUUCUGUGUGAUGGGACUGCUGGGGAUUUUCAUCUGCAACCUAUUGAAGAAGAAGGGCUUCCACUGCAAUGCCGAGAAAGAGGCCUUGGAUGAAGAAUCUGCCACCCCACAGAAAGAAGGAAACCCUUGUCCGUAUGUUAUCGAUGACCCCAAUGAAGAUACGAUCAGCGUUCUGGUUCGACUCAUCACAGAGAAGAAAGAAAACGCAGCUGCUUUGGAAGAACUGUUGCUGGAAUAUGAGAAUAAACAGAUGGCUGUGAACAAAAGCUCAUCUAUCAAGUUUCCAGCUCUUCCUCAUUUCUCACAGUUCCGCUCAUUGCCACGGCUGUGUACCCAUCAGCAUCAUUUGCACACUAUAAACGGGCUGGCAUCUCGCUCUGGGCUCUGCUGUUCCCGCUGCAGCCAGAAGAAAUGGCCCGAACUGCUGCUGCCCUCCGAUACUCACAAAGACCCCACUAACCUGGUCAAGAGCCCCUUGCCCGGAGAUGUCACUAUACUGUCUGUUGGAAGGUUCCAAGUUGCUCAGAUCCCGGAAAUUAAGUCUGCUUCCAAGGAAGUGACCCGGCUGGAAUCGAGCGAUACGGACUCUGUGGACAGUGGCCACACUGACUUCGUGGAAGACAGGUCCCUGCUGGGUGUGUCGUCUUCCUGUAACUCCGCCUCCUCAAAGGCAGACAGAAGAUGAACAUAUGAAAGAGUAGAGGAGGACAUCCAUUGAAGUGACACUACCUUCUUGUGGAUGACAUCAUCAGUAGUGGACACAUCAGGGCAGAUAUGUUCCGGUGAUGUCAGUAUUCAUGCCCUUGAGGAGCCUUGGAAUUCAAGACCUUAGGAAACAUUUGUAUUUAUUGCAUAAGUCAUAGAACUAUUUUAAUUUAUUUAAAAAAAAUGAAAUCUCUGUCUUUGCUAUCAGAUAAUAAGAGACAGUAGGGCAUUUACCAUGUAAGGAGUCAAAUUGGUGCUUCCAUGAGAAACUAAAGAGGGCUUAAGUAUGGCCUUGUCCACUAAGUUGCACAAAGCCGCUGCUGACAGAAGCUGCCUUUUCACUGAUGCAAAUUACUCAAUUCAACCCCUUUCGGCAGUAAUAAUGAACUUUCAAUGAGUUUGCGAAGCCGCCUUUUCACCCGUACAGACCUGCAAUGUUUGUGUUUGCUUCUCUAGUGAAGGAGCAUGACAGCAAGAGCAUUACUGUCCGUUUAUUGACCAGUGUUGGGGGAAUGAAUAAUGAAUUAAUGAAUUAAUGACUGCCAACACUUUUGGAAGGAUUGCCCAAGGUGUGUUAAACAGUGUAAUUCAUUAUUUCUGAAUUAUUUCUUAAUAAUUCUGUCCACUGAGCAAGCAUUAGUAUAAAGUUUCACAAGAAACAUUUAUAGUUUUAACUGGAAUACAUCUCAUCCGGUUGUGUCACACAAUAUUUCAUCACAUCCAAAGUUCUAAUCAGAUCUGAAAAAUCAAAAAACAAGUAGAUCAGAUGACUUGCAGUCUAUUGUCUGGCAUUUGUCAUUAGCAGUGAAAAGGUGGUUUGACACAUUGAACAAACAAACAGCACUCAGACAAUGACACAUAGUUUGAAAACAUUAACAAGUAUUAUGAGAAACUCUGUAAGACUGAUCUACAUGUCUGUCAUUUUUUUAAGUAUUGUUUUGUUAGCAUUUUAUUUUUUUUAUUUUUUAUUUUUAAGGAUUUUAUAUGGGUUGUAUAUGUACAAUCAUGGUCAAAGGUUUGCAAACACAUUGUUUUGUUACAAUAAAAAAAUAUCCUAAAAUAUCUGAAACAGUCUUUAAUUUCAUAUGCAUAAUUUCACAAGUUGAUGUCCAUGAGCAUUUUUAAAUCAAGAUUUUAGGUGAAAAUUGCUAUGUAUAGGGGAAAGUGUAUAUUUUAGGUACUGAUCAGCAUUUUUUGCCUUUACUUGAUCAUUUGCAAUGGUCCUGCAGUGUGUAAAACUUUUUAAAUUACGUACAUUUUGCUUUUUUAAUUGUUCAUUGUUAAAUAAAAAAUUUUAAAGUACAAAUAUACAAUCAUAAUAAUUAUCAUUAUAACUGUGUGCAUAUAUUAAUUACUAAAAAAAAUUGCAAUUUACUGUUUAAAAUAGUUUUAGAUGGAGUAGACACUAAAGUAUGUGGUGUCUAAAAUUCUGAGACCAAAAGUGAA